CGGGACCUGGCGGACCGCAGUGCCAACGAGCCCCUGCCCGUGGUGCGCAUUCCGCGGGCUCUCCAGCGGCGGCAAAAACAGCGGCAGAGCGGGCGACGGAGGCCCCCGCGGAGAGUGGUGGCGCGACCUGGCCCGCUGCUGAUCUCAGCGCGGCGGCCAGAGUUGAACCAGCCCGCGCGCCUCACACUGGGCGGGUGGGAGAGCGCGCCUCUGGCGUCGCGUGGCUGGAAAAACCGGCGCUCCCGCCACGUCCACUUUAUCGAGCGUGCGCAGCACAAGGCGCCAGCAUUUCGGAACCUCUCCUUACAGAGCAGCUUCGCGGAUCUGUCUGGAACCUCGAACACCAUCCCCUCCCUACUUGGCGGCUGCCACGUCCUUUGCGCGGCGGAAACCGGCAGUGGCAAGACUCUCGGAUACCUACUACCUCUGCUUCAACGGCUCCUGGCCCGACCAAGCCUGGACUCCCACAGUCCGCCCGCUCCUCGAGGCCUGAUCCUCCUGCCUUCACGCGAAUUAGCCGAACAGGUGCGGGCAGUAGCCCACCCCUUAGCCAGGUCCUUGGGCCUCCAGGUGGGGGAGCUAGGAGGAGGCCAUGGCAUGCGCAGGAUCCAAAUGCAACUCUCCAAACAACCACCGGUAGAUGUACUAGUGGCCUCCCCAGGGGCUCCUUGGAAGGCGCUGAAACGUCAACUCACUAGCCUGAAGAAGCUCUCCUAUUUGGUAUUAGAUGAGGCAGACACACUUUUGGAUGAAAGCUUCCUGGAACUAGUGGACUACAUUUUGCAGAACAGCCAUCUAGCAGAAAGCCCCGCUGACUUAAAAGACCCCUUCAAUCCCAACACUCAGUUAGUGCUGGUGGGGGCCACAUUGCCUGAAGGUGUGGGCCAGCUGCUGAGGAAAGUUGCCAGCCCUGACUCUCUGACCACCAUUACCAGCUCCAAGCUCCACUGCAUCAUGCCUCAUGUCAGACAGACAUUUAUGAAAUUGAAGGGAGCAGACAAGGUGACUGAAUUGGUCACGUUGCAGAUCCUCAAGCAACGUGACAGAGCGAAUAGGACAGGCCCCUCCGGAACUGUUCUCGUGUUCUGUAAUAGCUCAAGCACUGUGAACUGGCUGGGAUAUAUUCUGGACGAUCACAAGAUCCCACACCUAAGGCUGCAGGGACAAAUGCCAGCCUCAAUGAGGGCAGGUAUCUUCCGGUGCUUCCAGAAGGGCUCCCGAGACAUUCUU